AUGUUUGAUAGUUGCUUUCCACCGCUACGAAUGUGUUUAGAAUGCGUACAAGGGCCAAGUUUUACAGCUACUCAAAGCUAUGCUCAAUUCCAGAACGAAAAUCAUGCGGUGAGGUUGGAUACGUCUUACAUGGCUACAUCCACUCUGGAUUCAGGAAACGACGUAGUGCUUCUUAAAAACGGUCAGCGGAUUUGUGGAUCUGGGGGAGCUUUGGGUACUGCUCCGAUUGUGCAGAACAAAGCAUACUUUCAAGUCAGUAUUCAGCAGACCGGGAUAUGGGGUAUCGGACUGGCAACGCGAUCCGCAGUUUUAAAUUGUGCUCCAGUAAGCAAUAAUUGCUGGGUGAUGAGAGAAGAUGGGCAGAUUAUUGCAAAUGGUGAAGUGAUGGGAAAAUUAGAAGAAUCGAUCGAAGAAGGGGACUGCAUUGGUGUCGCAUUCGAUCAUGUUGAUUUAAAGUUCUACAAAAAUGGUAUUUUGUUGCCAGUGACAAUUUCUAACGUUAAAGGCCAGGUCUAUCCAAUUGUUUACGUUGAUAAUAGCGCAAUUUUGGACGUUGCAUUUCGCUUAUUUUCGUACAAUGCACCCGAAGGUUAUGAAGAAAUCAUGCUAGAACAAACUAUACUCUAA